GUGUGCUUCUAAACAAGUAUAAUUAAAUUACAAUUUGUAAAUCAGAUCCUUCUGCUUUGAGCAUGCAUGCGAUUGAAGCAGGGUGAAAGCUUGCCUGCUGAAGUUAAUUAUACACUGAGGUUGCUUCAUGCAGGCCAUAUUUGACAAGUUUGUGAAAGGCAGCCGUGACUGAGGACACCGAAGAGCUGUGUGCAAAGAUUAAAGGAGUUAGAUGGGGUUUCUCAUUGAGUACAAGGCUAACAAUUGGUGGGAAAUACCUAAACCUGUUUGCAAACAUAGCCAACUGCUAGAGGAGGAGGUAGGGAGGAGUCUGUUCAACUAUACGAACCAUACAGCUUUCUCUAGGCUGGAGUAGAAAUCGUCGCAGGCUGUGCCAACUCAGGAGCCCCCUUUUUAAAGAAACUGGCACCAUAAGGAUGGAAAAUAAAAAAGAGAGGCCUGCAAGAAAAAGCCAGUCCUUACUGGCAACAUCUCAACAUAAAAAUAUUACUCUGGUGCAUUUCUCUGAAGAAUUGCCUUCUAGAAAGCUAUUCAGGUUGGAAGAUGGUGAAUAUGAUAGCCUGAGAACAAAUGGUUUAUUUCAGAAAGAGAAGGAAAUUUCUGAUAAUGUCUUGCCAGAAGGACCGGACAUCAGCGUCGGACAGGCUGUAUCGUCAUCAGCAAUGAAGCACAAGUUUGCCUUUGACAAUGUUAGCUUUGAGGAUGACUUGGAGCAUUCAUCUGUUCUUCUUCCCCGAGCGAACACUGUUACUGUUGAUAUCUUGGGUAUCACUUGCCAAGCCUGUGUACAAUCGAUAGAGGGGAAAAUUUCCAAGGUGAAAGGAAUUGUUGAUAUCAAGGUAUCUCUUGAGCAAAGGAAUGCUGUCAUAAAAUACUUGGGACUGGAAAUAAGUCCCCAUCAGAUCUGCCAGGAAAUCAACGAUAUGGGAUUUGAUGCCAGUAUUGUAGACACAACACAGUCUUCAGGACAAACGGCUGAGGAAACUUUGGUUAAGAUGAAAAUAGAAGGUAUGACCUGUGAAUCUUGUGUUAACGCCAUUGAAGAAAAGAUUGGGAAACUCCAUGGUGUGAAGAAAAUCAAAGUGUCUCUCAGCAGCCAGGAAGCCACAAUCACUUAUACUCCACUUGUGAUUAGCCUUGAGGAACUAAAGGAUAAUAUCAAUAACUUGGGAUAUAAAAGCACUGUCAAGCAUAAGCAACCCUCACUCAAUCUUGGCCUGAUUGAUGUAGAAUGCUUACAACAGACAGAUGUAAGGACACCUGCUGGGCUUGAUGGUAGAAGCGCUACAUCAGAAGACACUGCCACCCCAGCUUGUGUUGCAGUGCUGGGUGUGGAAGGGAUGCACUGCAAAUCCUGUGUCAACAUAAUUGAAAGUUCAGUCUCAGACAUGCCUGGAGUACAACGUAUUAAAGUAUCCUUGGAACACAAAAAUGCCACAGUGUGGUUUGACCAGAACAUGGUCACUCUAUCCUGGUUGCAGCAAGCCAUUCAAUCUCUUCCCCCUGGUAACUUCAAAGUAUCCUUUUCUAGUGCAAUAGAGGGCCACAAUGGACCACUUACCUCAAAGGCAGCGUCCUCUUUGCCUUGCGUCUCUAGAAGUCCUCAGGAUGAAUCCAGUGCAGCUAUGAUUAAGAUUGAUGGCAUGACUUGCAAUUCUUGCGUAAAAUCCAUUGAAGGCUCCAUAUCCCAAAGGAAAGGGGUCCUCCAUAUCUCCGUGUCUCUAACUGAAGGGACUGCAACUGUCUCCUACAAUCCGGCCAUGACCAAUUCUGAAGAGCUGAGAGCUGCUAUAGAAGACAUGGGAUUUGAUGCCUCUGUCCUCUCAGAUGCUAUCACCUCCACUGGGAAGUCUCCUGAUGAAGGUCAAGGGUCCGGUGGGAUGGCCUCUGCGUCUUUGAGUAAGGAAGUUACUCCAGGUUUAUCACACAAAGAUGUUUGGUCACAGAAAAAGAACCCGCCUCUUCACUCUCCAAAACCAUCCGAUUCUGGAAUGACUGAAAGAUGUUUUCUCCUGGUGACAGGCAUGACAUGUGCAUCGUGUGUAUCAAGCAUUGAGAAGAACUUACAAAAAGAAGAUGGAAUAGUUUCUGUGCUUGUUGCCUUGAUGGCAGGGAAAGUUGAAGUAAAAUAUAAACCAGAUAGAAUUCAGCCUCUUGAAAUAACCCAGUUGAUUGAGAACUUGGGUUUUGGAGCUUCGAUCAUAGAAGAUUACCUUGCAACAGAUGGCGAUAUAGAUCUGACAAUCCUCGGAAUGACUUGUGCUUCAUGUGUUCAUAACAUUGAAUCCAAGCUUGCCCAUACACCUGGCAUUCUGCAGGCAUCUGUGGUUCUGGCUACUUCCAAAGCUCAUGUCUGCUUUGAUCCUGAAGUGGUUGGUCCGCGAGACAUUAUAAAAAUUAUUGAGGGAAUUGGUUUUCAGGCAUCUUUGGCAAAAAGAGAUCCAAAAGAUCAUAACUUGGAUCACAAACAGGAGAUCCAACAAUGGAGGAAAUCAUUCUUGUGCAGCCUGGUAUUUGGUAUCCCUGUUUUGAUCUUAAUGGUUUACAUGUUAAUACCUGCUGCCGACCAUCAUGAUUCAAUGGUGCUGAAUAAAAAUCUGAUUCCUGGAUUAUCUAUUCUAAACCUACUCUUCUUUAUCCUUUGCACUUUGGUUCAGUUCUUUGGCGGAUGGUACUUCUACGUCCAAGCCUAUAAGUCUUUGAAACACAGGAUGGCUAAUAUGGAUGUCCUCAUUGUGCUGGCCACGUCCAUAGCUUACCUCUACUCAUGCGCCAUUUUGCUGGUCGCCAUAGUUGAAAAGGCUGAGCAAAGUCCCAUCACCUUUUUUGACACUCCUCCAAUGCUCUUUGUGUUCAUAGCUCUUGGACGGUGGCUGGAGCACAUAGCCAAGAGUAAAACAUCAGAGGCGCUUGCCAAAUUAAUCUCUCUUCAAGCUACAGAAGCUGUUGUAGUGACACUUGGACCUGACAACUGCAUCAUUGGGGAAGAACAAGUGCCUGUUGAACUGGUUCAGCGAGGCGAUAUUGUAAAGGUAGUACCUGGUGGGAAAUUCCCAGUUGAUGGAAAAGUUGUUGAAGGCAGUUCUAUGGCUGAUGAAUCCCUCAUUACUGGGGAGGCCAUGCCUGUUGUUAAGAAACCUGGCAGUACUGUAAUUGCAGGCUCUCUCAAUGCACACGGCUCUGUGCUUGUAAGUGCAACUCAUGUUGGCUCUGAUACCACCCUAGCUCAAAUUGUGAAACUGGUAGAAGAAGCUCAAAUGUCAAAGGCACCCAUCCAGCAGCUGGCUGACAAAUUUAGUGGAUAUUUUGUCCCAUUUAUAGUAAUCAUUUCAACCGUAACUCUAGUAACCUGGAUUAUAAUUGGAUUUGUAAACUUUGAUAUUGUACAGAAGUACUUUCAUCAUCCCAGUAAAAGCAUCCCAAAAGCAGAGGUUAUCCUCCGAUUUGCUUUCCAGACCUCUAUCACAGUCCUGUGCAUCGCAUGCCCUUGUUCCUUGGGUCUGGCCACUCCAACAGCUGUUAUGGUGGGCACCGGAGUUGCUGCACAGAAUGGCAUUCUCAUCAAAGGUGGAAAACCUCUGGAAAUGGCACAUAAGAUAAAGACCGUGAUGUUUGAUAAAACCGGGACUAUCACCUAUGGCGUUCCAAAGGUCAUGCGAGUCCUCUUGCUUGGAAAUGCAGGGACCUCUCUCUCUCUGAAGAAAGUACUUGCAGUUAUUGGCACAGCAGAAGCCAGCAGUGAGCAUCCUCUAGGAAUGGCUGUCACCAAAUACUGCAAAGAGGAGCUUGGCACAGAGAUCCUAGGGUACUGCAAAGAUUUCCAAGCAGUUCCUGGAUGUGGAAUAAGCUGUAAUGUCAGCAGCAUUGAAGCCGUGGUGGGUGAGGCUGACAGAAUUGAGACACAACAGAGUUUACAGCUGCUCAUCUCAGACUUGAGUGAUGCAGUCAUCCCUCAGACUUACGCAGUGUUGAUAGGAAAUCGGGAAUGGAUGAGACGUAAUGGCUUGCACAUCUCCAACGACGUCCAUGAAGCAAUGAUGAGCCAUGAAAUGAAAGGACACACAGCUGUAUUGGUGGCUAUAGAUGGUGUGCUUUGUGGCAUGAUUGCAAUAGCAGACACAGUCAAACCAGAGGCAGCUCUAGCUGUGCACAUACUGCAAAACAUGGGAGUGGAUGUGGUGCUUAUUACAGGAGACAACAGAAAAACAGCCAAAGCCAUUGCAACUCAGGUUGGGAUCAGAAAAGUCUUUGCUGAGGUCCUUCCAUCUCACAAAGUAGCCAAGGUCCAGGAACUGCAGGCAGCCGGGAAGAAAGUUGCCAUGGUUGGAGAUGGGAUCAACGACUCACCAGCCCUGGCCAGGGCUGACGUUGGCAUUGCUAUUGGCACAGGCACAGAUGUUGCCAUAGAAGCAGCAGAUGUUGUUCUUAUUCGUAAUGAUUUACUAGAUGUGGUUGCAAGUAUCCAUCUCUCCAAAAGGACUGUAAAAAGAAUACGAAUAAAUCUCAUCUUGGCCUUAAUAUACAAUCUACUUGGCAUACCCAUAGCAGCAGGAGUAUUUAUGCCUGUUAAAAUUGUGUUGCAACCAUGGAUGGGGUCAGCAGCCAUGGCAGCAUCUUCAGUGUCAGUUUUGCUUUCUUCCCUGCAGCUCAAAUGCUACACAAAACCAGAUUUGGAGACAUAUGAAGCACAAGCUCAUGGGCGCAUGAAGCCACUGACUCCUUCCCAGAUUAGUGUUCAUGUUGGAAUGGAUGACAGGAGGCGAGACCAUCCAAAGGCAGGGGCGUGGGAUGAUAUCAGUCAAGUCUCCCUUUGCUCAUUGACUUCAGGCCGAGCAUCAAGACACAUGGAGGAUUCCCUACGAAAUGAAGCAGACCAAUGGUCACUGCUCACAGACAGUCAAGAUGAAGAUCAGUAUAUUUAAGAAUGCCAUGUUCUGCAGCCGAUCUACAAUGUUCAAGGACAUGGCUCUCUUUUUUGUGGCUAUUGCUCCACAACAGUCUUGUGGGGUUUUAUAUUCAGCUACCAUAUUGUGAGUAUAUGUGAACUGACACCAAUAAAGGAAUCUAUCUUGAAGUAA